AUGAUACUACUAUCUCGAAAGUGGAUGUUACCGUGUGUGACGGUGGCAGCUAUCCUGUCAACUGUGCCGUUUAGUAGAGCUGGAGACGGAUUGGCAUCACCACCACGACAGCUGAAAGAGGAAACCGUCAAGGUGCACGUCGAGGUGCAUUCAGAGGGGGAGAUCCAGCAGCCGAGCCACCAGGAUGCCGUCCCUACGAAAGGUCUCCCACAAACGCGUAACAAAAGGAACAAAGAUAAGAAUACGAUUGAAAAGACUAAUACUGUGUAUGACGAUCGCCAUGGUACCGUUCAAGGUGUAAAGGUGGGAAAGAGCCAUGGGAAGGGUCACCGCCGCGAAAAACAGAACCUCAAGGAUGAGAUUGUGGUCGAGUAUGAGCGCGGAAGUGUCAAGAUCUCGGGGACGAGCUCAUCGAGUCGAAAAACAAAGGAUUUGAAAGUCAUCACGCAGGACAAGAAGAAGGUGUAUAGUGCAGCCAGUGAGGGUAAUAAACUAAUGACAAUGCUCAGUAGCACGGACAAGCUGAAGAAAAGAGCAUUUUUUGAAGCACUCAGUCCUACAGGUAUCCUCUGUGGAAUCUUUAUAGGUUUGGCGGCCAUCAUUGGUGUUGCGGGCUUGGUAACGGGAAAACUACAGUCACACCAGAAGUCGGUUUUGAGCGCCGUUUCGUUGGAUGUUGAUGUUGAAGCCGACGACAGAACGACUGCCAAUUCAAACGUUGUCACUGAUGACAGCAAUGUAGUGUCAGAAUCUCAAUCGAGGGUUGAUGAUGGAGAAAGUGAAAAGGGCACAUUUGCCAGCGGUACCUCUUACGGGUCCGUGUAG